GCUACCAAAAAAAAAAAAAUUUGAACCCCAACUCCCCUAACGUUGGCGGCUGCUGCUACGGUGCUACCUUCUUCUCCUCCUCUGUCCGAACUCCGCCAGAGUCGCCUUCGCCGGCAUCGUUGAUCUCCUCCUGCAUCGCUACUCCUUGUAACUCCUGCGGCGCCACCUGCGCCUCUGACGCAGCGUCUGUGUCCCUAGUUAUAGGAGUUUGUGAAAACUAUGGAUUUGGUGGCAUCCCACAAACAGUUUUGCUCAUUUGGGCAUUUGCUUAAGGAUGGCACAAGAGAUUGUAGCACCAGAAGUAGGACUUUGGAUAACACUAGUUCUGUAUUCAAUAUAGGAGUAAGUAAUAUCUCUGUUAAAUCUCAUUCACUAUGUUCCUCUGAUGAUAGCAGUGUUACUGCGUUUGCAAAAUCUAAGAGCAGUUGGUCUAGAAGGCAUCGUUGUGUUUCUGCUGUUUUGAAAUAUGAAACUUUUGGUUUGAAUGGUAGUUCACAACAUUCUAUAAAGUUUCCAAAAGGGGAUUCAAAUGAGGAGGAAUCCUUGCCAAAUGGUGUUAGUGCUUCCCUGAAUUUUGAGGAAUUUGAGAAUAAUCAUCUGCAAAUGUUGGUUAGAAAUGGGGAAAUGGAGGAAGGGUUAAAGCUUUUAGAGCAUAUGAUUAAACAUGGCAAUAUCCCUGAUGUCAAUGCGAGCAGUGCUCUGGUCUGCCAAUUUUGCAAGGUUGGCAGGACCAAGAAGGCAAGGAGAAUCAUGAAAAUUUUGGAGGAGUUUGGUGGUGUUAUUGAUUUAACCAGUUACAAUAUUUUGAUUGAUGCUUAUUGCAGAUCAGGGGCGAUAGAGGAGGCCUUGUGGGUUUUGGAUCGCAUGAGUGUUGCUCCUAAUGCCAUUACUUUCGAUACAAUUUUUCGUAGUUUGUGUGGUAGAGGGAAACUGAAGCAAGCCAUGGAAGUUCUUAACAGGCAGCUGCAAAGCGAGUGUCAUCCAGAUGUGAUUUCAUACACUGUAUUGAUUGAUGCAACUUGUAGAGAAUCUGGAGUUGAUCAGGCAAUGAAGUUGAUUGAUGAGAUGAGAAGCAAAGGAUGCAAACCCGAUGUGGUCACAUAUAAUGUUAUUAUCAAUGGUAUUUGCAAAGAAGGUAGGUUGGAUGAAGCAAUCAGAUUGUUAAGUAACUUGCCCUCCUAUGGUUGUCAGCCUGAUGUAAUUUCGCAUAAUAUUAUUUUGCGUGGCUUGUGUAGCAUGGGAAGAUGGAUGGAUGCUAAGGGGCUAGUUGCUGGCAUGAUUUGUAAGGGUUGUUCCCCUAGUGUUGUUACUUUCAAUAUCUUGAUUAGUUUCCUCUGCCAAAAAGGCUUGUUGGGCCAAGCCAUUGAUAUAUUGAAGAUGAUGCCUAAGCAUGGUUGUUUGCCUAAUCCCAGGAGUUACAAUCCAUUGCUUCAAGGGUUUUGCUAUGUAAAUAAGAUUGAUAGAGCAAUUGAAUACUUGGAAAUAAUGGUAAAUAAGGGUUGUCGCCCAAAUAUAGUGACCUAUAAUAUCUUGCUAUUAGCAUUAUGCAAAGAUGGGAGGGUGGAUGAUGCAGCUGAAAUAAUGAACCAACUCAGUUGCAAAGGGUGCUCUCCCAGUCGAGUCACUUAUAAUAUAGUAAUUUAUGGGCUUUUAAAUGUGGGAAAAACAGAGAAUGCAAUGGAACUCUUCAAAGAGAUGUGCCGAAAAGGUCUUAAACCUGAUAAAGUUUCUUACAAUACGCUCAUUGAUGGGCUUUUAAAGGCAGGAAAGACAGAUCUUGCUAUGGAACUCUUCGAGAAGAUGCGCACAAGAGGUCCUAAACCUGAUACAAUUACUUACACUUCACUAGUUAGGGGUCUUAGCCGCAAAGGAAAGGUUCGUGAAGCAAUCAAGUUUCUACAUGACUUGGAAGAAUUGGGUUUCAGGCCUAAUGUGUUCUUUUAUAACUCAGUCAUGAAGGGGCUCUGUAAAGCUCAGCAAACCAGUGCUGCCAUCGAUUUUCUGGCUCGUAUGACAGCCAAGGGAUGUAAACCAAGUGAGGAUACAUAUAAGAUUCUUGUGGAAGGAAUCGCUUGUGAGGGAUUAGUUAAGGAGGCUUUGGGGUUAUUAAAUGUGUUGUGCUAUGGAAGAUUUGUGAGGAAAAGUUUGGCUGAAAAGGUAGCAAUGAAUAUAUAUAGAAUACAUCAACAACUAGAGCAACAACUAAGUGUUAUCUCUCAAACCUAUAAUUUAGUUAAUGUAGCACCUUCAAACAAAUCAACUCAUACCUCCAGUUGCUUGUCUUGAUUAUCUCUUUUCUUGGUUUCUUUUCAUUGAUCGUUACAUUUUUAGCGAUAAGUUUAGGGUUUAGGGUUUAAGCAAAUAAUGCUUUCUGUUUUUGAAUCCUGAAAAUAUAAAACAGCACAUGCAUAUGCUUGUAUGAAUUUGCUUUAGUUUUGCUGAGUUUAGGGAUUAAGGUUAAGGACGAUUGUGCACGCUAGUAAUGUGCAGUUGUACUUGCUUAAGGAAGGAUUUGUUUAUUUAUUUAUUUGAUAAUCUAUUUAUCUUUA